AUGGCGAAGAAGGCCAAGGAUCAGGCCGCCUCGCAGGCGUCCGCCUCGCAGCCUGCCACCGGCAAGGAGAAGGACAAGGGCAAGGAUAAGGGCAAAGACAAAGAUGCGCCCAAGGGCAAGAAAGGGGCACCGUCUCUCAUCGAACAGGCCGCUGGCCCGGUCGGCCCUCCGAAGCCCACGGCAAAACAGAUCAUCGGCGGCGCAUCCUGGACUGGAAAGCUGCCCGUCAACCUGUUCAACGAGUACUGCCAGAAGCAGCAGUGGGAGAAGCCCGACUACAACAUGCGCAAGACACCCGAGGGCUACUCUUGUCUCAUCACCCUCAGCGCCAAGGAUCCCAAGACCAAGGAGAUGAUUAGGCUGGAGCCGUUCAAGAUCCCCGCCGACCUGCUGCAUCUGCUCACCAAGCCUACCGCCCUCGAGGCCCGGCACUUCGCUGCCACAUAUGGUCUCUUUCGUGUCUGCAGCAUGCAGAACAAGCACACCGUCCUGCCUCCCGACUACAAGAUUCUAUGGAAGGACUUUCAGGCGCUCAAGCAAAAGGACGUCAAGGAAGGCAAGGCUUGGAUGUACGAUGCGGACCCCUUCAAGACGAUCCGCGAACGACAAGAAGCCAAGGCUGCUGCCGACAAGAAGAGAAAGGAGAUCGAGAGAGUCAAGGAGAAGGCAAAGUCCAUGCCGGGCGCUGCCGGCCUUGUGCUCGCCGGCGGCAGCGGUGCUGGCUCCUUUAACCCCAUGAAGGGGUGGACCUCUGUGCCCAAGAUCGAGAUGGGCCGCAAAUCCCGAGUCCAGGUCGAAUCUCUGAUUCAGAAAUAUGUCGUUUGGAACCCGAACAAGGUCUUCAUGGCUGCUCCACAGAGACAGGUCGUUGUCGAAGACCUCAGCAAGCUGGGCUUUCGACGUAGCCACAUUGAAGAGGCUGUGGACAUUUGCAAGGAUCGCGAAGAGACAUUAGAAUGGCUUCUGAUUCACGUGCCCGAAGACGACAUUCCUCCUUGGGCUCUCCCCGAGAGCUAUUCCGCCGGCAUUUCAGUCGGGUCUCUGGACCUCAAGAAGGAGGCUGCUGUGAAGCGCUUGGCCGAAUCUGGAUAUGCCUUGGACUUGUGUGCACGCAUCUUCGAGGAGACUGGAUGUGAUGAAAGCAAGGCGGCUGAGACGCUGCAAUGCCGGCUCUUGGGCCAGUCUAUUGAAGAUUGGACUGCGAUAGCACCAUCAGACAUUCUCCCCCCAGACAUGACAGCGGACGAGGUUUGGGAUGACGAGGUUGUGGCGAUGGAGUCCUCAUUCGGCGACCUUGUCACCAAGAUGUCCGAAGACAUCAUCCAAGUCAAGCUGGAGUCGGUAACAAACGGGUCAAAGACAAACGUGAAUACGGUCCUUCAGAUCCGCAAGUCGUUAAGCUAUCCCGUCCACCUGGUCAUCACGGUGCUGGCGCAAUUGCCCGCCCAGGCGAAGCUCUCGGUCAUCAAACAGACCCUGGCCUAUGUACAGGAGGCCUAUGGUGCGGAUCCUAUGAAAGUGUUCGUCGCAGCCGACUGGGCUCAGCAAAACAUCAACCGCAUCAUUGAGAACCCUGGAAAGCUGGUAGAAAUCUCAGCUGUUAGCUCCACCGCCUCCGAAGCCCCUGGGACCGUACCUCAGCUGCAACGGCACAGCGGCAAGCUUUCCAGGAAACCCAGGCCAAUAGACUGGACGCCGAACCCCCGUAGCCGGGACCAAUGGCUCAAGAGACAAGAGACCCCUGAUUACAAGAAGAUGAUGGCGAAGAGACAGUCACUUCCGGCAUGGCAGGUGCACGAAAAGAUCAUCCAGACUGUUGCCCAGAACCAUGUGACCAUCAUCAGUGGAGAGACUGGUUCGGGCAAAUCGACUCAGUCCGUCCAGUUCCUCCUAGACGAUCUAUAUAACCAAGGCCUUGGCACAAGCGCCAACAUGCUUGUGACGCAGCCGAGGCGAAUCUCCGCACUUGGUCUUGCCGACCCCGUUGCGGAAGAGCGGUGCUCGCGAGUUGGUGAUGAGAUUGGCUACACUAUUCGAGGCGAGUCAAAGCGGAGCCAACAGACGCGCAUCACGUUUGUGACAACUGGUGUGCUUCUGCGCCGCCUUCAGACAUCGGGGGGACGGGUCGAGGAUGUGAUAGCGUCGCUGGCAGACGUCAGUCACAUUGUGAUUGACGAAGUUCACGAACGCAGCUUGGACACGGAUUUCCUGCUGACCAUAGUAAGGGAGGUCAUGUCCACGCGCAAGGAUCUUCUCAAGCUCGUUUUGAUGAGUGCAACGCUCGACGCAGCCUCAUUUGAGAAUUAUUUCCGCUCACAGGGCCUCCGAGUUGGAAGCUUGAGGAGAUGUGGGCAUCCAGGGCAGCUUGCAAGCAGAGGCGAGGUCGUGCAGGCCGGUGUACAGGCUGGAAAGUGCUACAAGCUGUACACGCGCAACUUGGAGAUGCAAAUGGCGGAGCGGCCGGAACCUGAAAUCAGGCGUGUACCCUUGGAGCAAAUGUGCCUGUCGGUACGUGCCAUGGGCAUGCGAGAUGUUGCCGCCUUUCUCGGGCGAUCGCCGACGCCGCCCGCGAGCACGGCUGUGGAUGGGGCCAUCAAAAUGCUGCGACGAAUGGGCGCUCUCGACGGGGACGAGCUCACGGCACUUGGACAACAGUUGGCCAUGAUCCCGGCCGACCUCCGGUGCGCCAAGCUCAUGGUGUACGGGUCCAUCUUCGGAUGUCUCGACGACAGCGUUACCAUUUCAGCAAUUCUCAGCACAAGAAGCCCAUUCUUGUCUCCGCCGGACAAACGAGACCUGGCAAAGGAGGCUCGCAUGCGGUUCGAGCAAGGCGAUGGUGAUCUGCUCACUGACCUGGCGGCAUACAAAGAGUGGGACAGCAUGAAGCGCGACGGAACACCUCCGCGGCAGCUUCGCAAUUUCUGCGACGACAACUUCCUGUCCUACCUGACGCUCACAGACAUCUCCGCAACGCGACAGCAAUUUUAUGGCGCACUGAGCGAGAUGGCGUCGGCUUUCAGCCCGCAGAUUGCGCGGAUCCAGUUUCCAGACAAGAAGUUCGCCAACUCCAUGUCAGGCGCGGUCGAGCUCGACCCGGAGGCGCGAGCAAUCAAGUAUUUCACGGAGGAGCAGGGGCGGGUGUUUGUGCACCCGAGCAGCACCAUCUUUGGUAGCCAAAGCUUCUCCGGCAGCGCGGCGUUCAUGUCGUACUUUAGCCUCAUCUCGACGAGCAAGACGUUUAUUCGCGAUCUCACACGUUCUGCGCGGGAAGCCUUCAAUGCGUUCACAUUGUUGCUCUUUUCGGGCGCCAUUGAACUGGACACAAUGGGGCGGGGGUUGGUGGUGGACGGCUGGCUGCGGCUGCGAGGAUGGGCGAGGGUGGGCGUGCUUGUGUCGCGACUCCGCGGCAUGGUGGACGAUGUGAUCCGUUUGAAGGUGGAGAGGCCAGAGGUGGACUUGCGGGACAACGAUGUGCUCAAGGCGGUUGCCAAGUUGAUUGAGCACGAUGGUUUGGAUGCGUAA